AUGGUAAGACAAAUAUUUCUUGUUAAUUUAACCUUGUCAUCCAUCUGUCUUGAUUCCUUGAUGAAUUUGUCUUCUUCACUAACUUCACUCAGUCUCAGAGGUUGUGAUUUGCGAGGAAAGCUCCCAACAAGCAUUUUUCAUUUGCCAAACCUUAAGUUGCUUGAUUUAAAGAGAAACAAAAAUCUGAUUGUCAAUCUCCCAAAGUUUAAUUGGAGUAAUCCACUCGAGUAUUUGAAUCUGUUCCAAACUUCUUCCUCUGGAGAAUUACCCAAUACGAUUGGCAAUCUAAAGUCCUUAAAGCAUUUGCAGCUUGGUGGAUGCAACUUCUCAGGGGCAAUUCCAGGAUCAUUGGGAAACCUUUCAGAACUCAUUUAUUUGGAACUCUCAGGUAAUUGUUUUAAUGGUCCAAUACCAUCUUCACUCACAAACCUAACACAACUCCAAUUCUUGUUCAUAUUUGACAAUCAACUCGAGGGUUCCAUUCCUUCCCAAGUAAGUGCUUUUCCAAAUCUAAUUAGCUUGGACCUUUCCAACAACUUGCUCAACGGAACACUGCCACCCUGGUUUUAUACCAUUCCUUCAUUAAAAGUCUUAACCAUUCACAAUAACCAAUUGACCGGUCAUAUCAAUGAAUUCCACUACAAAUCACUCACAUGGAUAUCUUGGGGCAACAAUAAACUUCAAGGUCAAAUUCCAAAGUCAAUGUUCGAACUUGUGAAUCUAACUGAUCUUGAUUUGUCAUCAAAUAACUUGAGUGGCAUUCUAAAGUUGAACGCUUUAUUGAAACUCUCAAAUCUUGAAUGGCUAGAUCUUUCAUAUAACUGCCUAUCUUUGAACUCUAAUAUCAGUUCCACUCAUACCUUGCCUAAUCUUCAGCUUUUAUUUUUGCCUUCGUUCAACAUCAGUGAAUUCCCAAAAUUUCUAAGAGGCUCGAAAAACUUAGAGGCUUUAGACCUUUCCAACAAUAGACUUUCUGGCCGGAUUCCCAAUUGGAUGUGGGAGAUAGGAACGGCCUCUUUGCAGUACUUAAAUCUUUCAAAAAAUAAUUUGGAGGGUUUUGAGCAAAUUCCAUGGAAGAACAUUCUAACUCUUGACCUCAGCUUCAACUUGAUUCAAGGUCAUCUCCCAAUUUUGCCUGUCAACACCAUUUUCUUAUCAAUCUCAAACAACUAUUUAACUGGAGAGGCUUCUUCUCUUCUUUGCAAUUUAAGUUCCCUUAUGGUUCUUGACCUCUCUCAUAAUGAAUUGAGUGGAAAUAUUCCACAAUGUGUUGGAAACUUCAGCGACCGGCUUUCAGUGUUGAACCUAGGAAGGAAUCAGUUUCAUGGAAAAAUUCCUCCAGUGUUUGGAAAGAGCUGUGGAUUGAAGUAUAUCAACUUAAAUGGUAAUCAUUUUGAAGGGUCGUUGCCACGAUCUUUGAUCAAUUGCAGGAAAAUAGAAGUUCUAGAUCUCGCCAACAAUAUGAUAAAUGGUACAUUUCCAAGUUGGUUGGAAACAUUACCUGUGUUACAAGUCCUGAUUUUACGGUCAAAUAACUUUCAUGGCUUCAUAAGCAAUCCCAAGAAGAGUCUUUCUUUCGGCGAGUUGAGAAUUUUAGACCUCUCCAACAAUGAUUUCAGGGGCACAUUACCGGAUGGGUAUAUAAAAUCUUUCAAGGCCUUGAAAAAUCACAAUGAAAAUCUAGGUCCUAUACGGUACAUGCAGGAAGCCAAACGUUAUGAAUGUUUUGUUAGUUUGACAAUGAAAGCUCAGCAAGUUGAAAUAAAGAUAUCAACGAUAUUCACAAGCCUUGAUCUCUCUCUCAACAAGUUUGAUGGAGAGAUUCCGGAAGUAAUUGGAGAGCUAGUCUCACUUAAAGGACUCAAUCUUUCUCAUAAUAACCUUGGUGAUCAUAUUCCACCAUCAAUGGGAAAUUUGAUAAAUCUUGAGUGGUUAGACCUCUCCUCAAACAAUCUAACCGGACAAAUUCCCAAGGAAUUAGAAAAUUUGACAUUCCUAUCCAGCCUAAAUCUUUCUUGCAACCAACUUGAAGGACCAAUUCCCUUAGGCAAGCAAUUCAACACAUUUGAAAACGAGUCAUAUAAAGAGAACAAAGGGUUGUGCGGGUUCCCAAUGUCAAAAGCUUGUAACAAUGAAGAGACAAGGCAACCACCUUCGUCAAUGACCUUUCAAGGUGAUUCAAAGCUGGCAUAUGACUUUGGCUGGAAAGUUGUGUUAAUGGGAUAUGGGUGUGGAAUGGCACUUGGUUUGGCAAUUGGAUAUGUUGUCUUUAAAAUGGGAAAACCUAAAUGGUUUGUGAAGUUGGUUGAGGGUACACAACACCAAAAAGCAAAAUAG